CAGCUCCCCUAACAAACAGAUCUCUUCAAAGAUUUCUUUCCCCUUCCAUUAGAUCUCUGUGAAGUCAAAUAGUCACAAAAUGGAUGAAAUUGCUUCAUUUUGGAAUUAUCAUGAAAUGCAGCAGGAUAUGGAGGAAUUGAAGCACGUGCUAUUAGAGACAAGUCUCGAACUCGAACGCUUGAGGGCGGAAGCUAGCGAUGAAAUGAGAAAGAAUAAAGAGUACACUAAGCAAUUGAUUCAACUUCUGAAGAUUACAUGCAAAGAAAGGGACGAAGCAAGAGAGCAGCUUCAGAAGCUCCUAAGUAGUACCGGAAUGACGAUGAUGCCGUCGGAGUCGAACGUUUCUUCCUCCGUCGAGUCCUUCCCGGACGCCGCCAUCGUCUCGUCUCCGGCCCAGCUUUUACUUCAAGAUUGCAAUAGUAAUAAUUAUGUCAAUAUUAGCGGUAAUGGAGAAACAAUGGGGGAAAUGGAGAGGCUUUUGAAGGGAAAACCUCUGCCGCAGAAAGGGAAGCUCUUGCAGGCGGUGCUGGACGCGGGGCCGCUCCUCCAGACGGUUAUGGUGGCGGGGCCUCUUCCACGGUGGCGCAACCCGCCUCAGGCUAAGCCAUUCCUUAUCCCGCCGGUUAACGUUAAAGGGAUUGAAACUGAGAAUACAAUGUUUAGACUACAAAAUUCUCCGUCAUACCCUUGUUACUUUGAGACCUCUUGUGGGAAUAGUGAAAUGUUAAGUUCCGGAGUACAAUUUCCGCGGAUGGUACCUCCGGGGCAUUAUGGUCAUUUAGGUAAGCGGCAAAGAUUGCAGUGAAAAAUGAGAAAAACGGUUUUCACAAAGGUUUGUAUAAAUUAAUUCUAGUAACCUAUGAGUCGAUUUUGAAUCUGAUC